CUUGAGCUGAUAACGUUUGAGCUCAACACAGCUUUGAGUAGUAAUCUCGACAAAAAUGUGGCAAAAAUCGUGGAUCCGUUCCAGAAGUAACUAAAGCUGGUCAAUAAGGUAUAGGGUUACCCCUGAUAACCGCGUCAAAAAUAACAGUGAAGUAAGCUUCGAUCUUCCUGUCUUUGAAGCAGGCUGAAAUAUGGCUGCCUCGUUGCUCUGGUGCACGUUUUUUACGAGUUUGAUUUUGGCGUCUAACGCGAUCCUACUAAGAACCCAUCGACGUUCGUCUCACCAAAGAUCGAGAGACGGUCAGUGUGGUGGAGAUCUGACAGCUGACUCUGGUGUAAUUCAAAGUCCUGGUUUUCCCACGCGCUACCCUAAUAACGCCAACUGCGAAUGGAAAAUUAUCGCCGACGAUGGCUCACGCAUCACACUGACUUUUGUCGACUUUCAGUUGGAAACGAGCAAUAACUGCGAGUAUGACUCGUUGGAAAUUUACAACGGUGAAACAAGAGAAACAACCAACCUAUUGAACAAGCUAUGUGGUGAUGAGGUACCCGAUCCUAUCGUGUCUACCGGCUCACGACUCCUCCUUAGGUUCCACUCAGAUUUCUCCGUUUCGUACAAAGGCUUCAAAUUGGAGUUCACCAAGUCAGGUUGUGGCCGCACUUUCAAUGGAGAGAGCGGCGAGAUCAAAUCACCGAACCAUCCCGAUAGGCAUCCCGAGUCCCUGGAUUGCUCUUACCUUAUCUGUGUCGCCAGGGACAAACUUGUGACGCUGCGUUUUACUCACUUUGACCUGGAGGCUCCAGAAAAUUCUACAGGUUGUCAGUAUGACUAUGUGGAAAUUUUCGAUGGUAAGUCGGUAAAUGCUCCAAACCUUGGCAGAUACUGUGGUGGCAAUAUGCCCAGCCCAAUCCGCUCUUCCACCAAUGAACUCUUCCUGAGAUUCAUCUCGGAUCAGACUAUAUCGCACACUGGCUUCGUCGCCUCGUAUACUGCCGAGCCUAAGGCUGUGGCUAAUCCUUGUCUUGAAAACAAUGGAGGAUGCAGUGAUAUAUGUUCAGUGAUGAGCGGUGGACGGGUUUGCUCUUGUAAUCCAGGAUUCUCGCUCGAUUUUGACGGGGUUACUUGCGUAGAUACAGAUGAAUGCAUAAUCAACAAUGGCGGCUGUCAGGAAACUUGUGUUAACACGGUUGGUGGAUUUCAGUGCAAUUGUCGCGAUGGUUACGUUAUCGACACCGACAACAAGACUUGUAUCAACGAGAACGAAUGCGCGACAGGUAAUCACAACUGCGAACAGCUGUGUCGUGACACAGAAGGUAGUUAUUACUGCGAGUGUCACAAGGGAUACAGAGUCGGCGCUGGUAGGAUCACGUGUCAAGAUGUGGAUGAGUGCAAGCUGCCGAAGAGCUUUCAUCAUUGCCAGCAUACAUGUGUUAACACACCCGGCAGUUAUUACUGUACGUGUAGGAAAGGAUUCAGGCUCAGCGCUAACGGGAAAAUAUGCAGAGAUGAAGACGAAUGUUUGAUGGGAGGAGCGAAAUGUGAGCAGCAAUGUGUCAAUAUCCCUGGCAGCUUCUACUGUGACUGUUACCAAGGUUACCACCUUGACGCCAAGCUGCCUCACAAGUGUGUGGAUACUGACGAGUGUCUGGAAGGCAGACCUGAUUGCCAUACGUGCUUUAAUUCUGAAGGAAGUUUUCGUUGUGAGUGCGACGAGGGUUAUGUUUCAGCCGACAAUGGGACGCGCUGCGCAGACAUUGAUGAAUGUGCUGUUGACAAUGGCGGAUGCUCUCAGAUUUGUGUCAAUACCGACGGUGGUUAUAUGUGUGAGUGCAGCCCUGGAUACAAUGCCACUGACUCUGAGUCAAUAGACUGUGAAGACAUCGACGAAUGCGCUAAGAACAAUGGGAAAGGAGACUGCGACUACGCGUGUGCAAACUCUGCCGGAUCAUUCCGCUGUUCAUGUGCCGCGGGCUUCUACUUAGACACGGACGGUUUAACAUGCUAUGAUAUAGAUGAAUGUCAAACACACAAUGGAAACUGUUCUCAGAAGUGCGUGAACACGCCUGGGAACCAUUCGUGUUCAUGUUUUGAUGGUUACGUCAACUCUGGGCCAAAUGGAACAGACGUUAUUUGCAUUGACAUUGAUGAAUGCUUUGACGACAUACACAAGUGUGACUCGCGCGCCGAAUGCCAGAACACACCUGGUAACUACUCGUGCCAGUGCCCUGACGGUUACACUUCGCAGUGGAAGGAUUGUAUCGGUAAGGGGUAAUGGAACAGGGCUAUAAAU